AUGUUGAAGCAAAAGGAAGAUGUACUUCUCAUGGUUAAGCAUGUACGAUAUAAGAAAGUCGAUGGGACUCUGUAUGUCAACUCAGGCAGAGUGGCCUGGCGCAACCAAACUUCUGAUAGUUUCCGCAUCAGUGCUAAAUUUGAAGACAUCAGAAUACAACGUAUUAGUCCAGACCAAAAGGAAAAAGUCCAACUUCAGUUAUUGAUGCACAGUGGGGAAUCAUUUACGUUUCAGUUUUCGGAUCCUACAGGCAGAGAUAAGCAGCUUGAAAUGCGUAACAACGUGAAAUCAAUGCUACAAAAUUUGCUACCCAAAUUUAAAGACAAGGCUCAAGCCGAAUUGAAGGAAAAAUUUAGACUCCUCGAAUCAAAUCCUGAGAUUUUGGCAUUAUACAAAGAGUUGGUUGUUAGCGGUAUACUCAGUUCUGAGGAGUUCUGGGCUCGACCAGAAUGUUCUCGCAGUAACUUUAAUUCGUCCCAGUAUCUGAAUAAUUCUAAAGCUAAUAAUAAAGCCUCAGGAGCAACUGGAAUAUCAGAAGCAGCUCCUAAUGGUACAACUGCGUUGUCUCAUAAUAAUAUGUCUGUUGGUCCUACUAGCCAGAUUUCACGAAGUUUUCAUUUAGAUGAUCGACCUCAAGUUAUUGGAGUCCCUAGUUGUCUUUUGAGCGAUAUCAAGCCUGAGGCAGAUGGUGCAAACGGAAUAAAGUACAAUCUUACUCAUGAAACAAUCAAUGCAAUCUUUCGAGCCUACCCUACUGUACGUGAUAAACAUCGGGAAAUGGUGCCUGAUAAGUUAUCUGAAGCUGACUUUUGGAUAAAAUUUUUCCAAUCUCAUUAUUUUCAUCGUGACCGAGUCCAUCUUCCGAAGAAUGAUAUAUUUGCUGAUUGUGCUACCAUUGAUGAUAAGCUCUUGCUCAAUGAUAUAAGGAAGUCAAGAGUCAGUCGAAAUAAUGUCCAUUUUGAUUUACCUAAUCUUACUGAUUACGACAUAGGACAAGGUUAUGGUAUUGAUCAGGUGUCUGCUCAAGCAAAACAAAAAUUAGCUGACGUAUCGGUCUCGAAUCAGAAUGCAGAGAAUACAUCAAACGAAUCAACAAUAUCAAAUAAUUUAUCUGCAAAUCAGUUGUUACUUCGUCGUUUCAACAAUCAUUCAAUACUCGUUUUAAAAUCUCUUAAUUCAAGUGAUGCAUCUUCAUCGACUAAUAAUUCAUCUCAAAAUUCGAAAGAUGUGCUUAAUUCCUGUCCGUUGAAAGACCACGUAUAUGUUAAAGAGCUUGUGGAAGAUCAAAACCCUCCAGAAAUCCAGUUAGACUUAACCUGUAUAAAUGACUACUUAGAGGGUCCUACUCCUAGUAUAACUGAAAAAGCUACCAAGUUAGUGGACCCAUUAUCAGUUACCCGGCAAACAGAUACUUCGUUUUAUGGAUUACAAGUAGAGCAGUCAGUAAAUAAGUGUAAAAAUUCAAUGAUAUCUGCUUAUCACAUGGGAAAGAAGCCAGGUGUAUCACUUUUAACUGCACUUGAGUCCCAACAAGCAUUAGCAGAUGUCUCGCCUGGUGGUUGUCUCAUCGGUGGGAAACUUAAUAAUGAACGCUCGAAAACAUGUGACUUAACUAGCGAGUCAGUCAGGAGCAGUCAUAUAUCGAACUCUCCGAAAGCGUCUGAUGAACACCAUUCGGGUGACGAUGUCGAUCGUGGUCCGCCACUGCUCACACUAGAACAGGGUAAAGAUUUGUCGCUCUUAUAUUCAAGUGCUGCUGAACUCUUAAGACAUUUCUGGGCAUGUUUUCCCGUAACGACCCCGCAGCUAGCUGAUAAGUUGGAUCGUGUUGCUGCUAGUCUCAAUCGUUUUCGCACAACCAAGGUAGCUCACUUCGCCGCUAGCGUUGAUCCAUCUUUCCGAAAUAAAUCAGACACUUAUUCUGCAAACUCAUCUGAACAUCUAUCCAACUCAGGGAAUUCUGGAUCUAUUUCUUACCGUUCAAGUGUAACUAGUCACCUGGAAUCGAUGCUAGACUCCGCCCAAAAGAAAUAUUCUGAAUGGAAAACUCGACAUUCGCAAUAA